AUGAAGGUGAAAGGCGAAGAUUCUGCAUACACUGGAAAGGCCGGGGGAGACGUGGAGUCAGACACGAAAAAAGCCCAGAACCUGAAGGCGGCUGAGCAUACGGCCCAGAACCUACAGGCGGCCGAGCAUACAGCCCAGAACCUACAGGCGGCCGAGCAUACAGCCCAGAACCUACAGGCAGCCGAGCAUACAGCCCAGAACCUACAGGCGGCCGAGCAUACAGCCCAGAACCUACAGGCGGCCGAGCAUACAGCCCAGAACCUACAGGCGGCCGAGCAUACGGCCCAGAACCUACAGGCGGCCGAGCAUACAGCCCAGAACCUACAGGCGGCCGAGCAUACAGCCCAGAACCUACAGGCGGCCGAGCAUACGGCCCAGAACCUACAGGCGGCCGAGCAUACAGCCCAGAACCUACAGGCAGCCGAGCAUACAGCCCAGAACCUACAGGCGGCCGAGCAUACAGCCCAGAACCUACAGGCGGCCGAGCAUACGGCCCAGAACCUACAGGCGGCCGAGCAUACAGCCCAGAACCUACAGGCGGCCGAGCAUACAGCCCAGAACCUACAGGCGGCCGAGCAUACAGCCCAGAACCUACAGGCGGCCGAGCAUACAGCCCAGAACCUACAGGCGGCCGAGCAUACAGCCCAGAACCUACAGGCGGCCGAGCAUACAGCCCAGAACCUACAGGCGGCCGAGCAUACGGCCCAGAACCUACAGGCGGCCGAGCAUACGGCCCAGAACCUACAGGCGGCCGAGCAUACAGCC